AUGCCGUCCUCGCAAGCCCUAGUGCUUGUCCCGCUCGCCCUCCUGGUAUUCUGCGCCUGCGCCUACGCGCAGGCCCCUGCGGCGGCCGACGACGUCUGCGCCGGCCUGGCGGCUGACGACGCCUGCCACAACGUCCCCAAGGCGCUGCGCCUGAAGCUGAUCGCCGUCCCGGCCAUCCUCGUCUCCAGCGUGCUCGGCGUGUGCCUGCCGCUCUUCGCCAGGUCGGUGCCGGCGCUCCAGCCCGGCCGCAGCCUCUUCUCCGUCGUCAAGGCCUUCGCGUCGGGCGUCAUCCUCGCCACCAGCUACAUGCACGUGCUGCCUGACUCGUUCGACAACCUCAGCUCGCCGUGCCUCCCCAAGAAGCCGUGGGGAGACUUCCCCUUCACCGCCUUCGUCGCCAUGCUCGCCGCCCUCUUCACGCUCGCGGUCGACUCGCUCAUGCUCACCUUCUACAACCGGAACAAGGUGGGCAGCGGCCCCAGCAGCGCCGCUGUCGCCAGCCACGAGAGCCCGGAGCAGGGAGGACACUGCCACUGUCACGGCCACGAACAUGCACAUGGCCAUGCCCACGGCAUGAUGUUGGACAAACCUCAAGAUGCUGAGGCCGGCCAGAUGCAGCUGCGCAGGAACCGUGUUGUCGUUCAGGUCCUCGAGAUGGGCAUCGUGGUGCACUCGGUGGUGAUCGGGCUGGGCAUGGGCGCGUCGCAGAGCGUGUGCACCAUCCGGCCGCUGGUGGCGGCCAUCUGCUUCCACCAGCUCUUCGAGGGCAUGGGACUCGGCGGCUGCAUCCUCCAGGCGGAGUACGGCGUCAAGAUGAAGGCCGGGCUGGUCUUCUUCUUCUCCACCACCAUGCCGUUCGGGGUCGCGCUGGGGCUGGCCCUCACCAAGGUGUACAGGGACAACAGCCCCACGGCGCUCAUCGUCGUCGGCCUGCUCAACGCCGCGUCCGCGGGGCUGCUGCACUACAUGGCGCUCGUGGAGCUCCUCGCCGCCGACUUCUUGGGGCCCAAGCUGCAGGGCAGCGUCAGGCUCCAGCUCGUGUGCCUCGCCGCCGUCCUCCUCGGCGCCGGCGCCAUGUCCCUCAUGGCCAAGUGGGCGUAA